UCCUCAGCGAACUACCGCCUCUGAGCGUCGAGAGCGUCGAGAGGACUGUUAUUGAUAGUUUGUCAUACGACAACAACAUCUGGACGAAGUUGGACCCGGGACACACUGGCUGCUAAAAGUUCCCCGGAGAAAAGUUUUUGAACGCUAAAGUUACUUUUUCACCCAGUUUCGUCUCUUUUUUUUUUUUUUCUCUCCUACAUUUCGGGGAAGGAGUCGGAGGAAGCAAGGAUGGGAAUAAGUCCGAUUUGAAGCGAGGGAGUUGUCAUGUUUGAAAGCCUCAGCUGAUGAUGACACACUGGUUUUCACACCGCUGAGGGGAAGGGAGGAGAUCUUCUUCUACUUUCUUCUGCGUGUGUUCCAAAAAAAGACGUCCAAGGUCUCACGUCUCAUGUCCAAGGAGACCGUCCUUCCUCCGGAUGGGCCGGCAGGGCCAGGGAAGGGCCCGCAGCAAGAGACAAGUCCCCUACUGUCAGCCUCACAAGAUGCUUGCGACAGUGAAUCGUCAGGAAGAACACCCUCUCCCAGGAAACCAGCCGCCGAAAGACAGAGUCACGUGACGGAGGAGAAGCCUAAUCAUUGCGAGCCCGUAAGAACUCAACCCCAGUCUCAGACGGUGCCCUCGGAGCCAGCAGAGGGAGACGCUGGCAAGGACCAAAAUGUCUUUCGCCACAACAGCACUGGCACGCCCGCGCUGAGUAACGGCAACGGCAUCCACCCUGGCAUCGGCAGGGCCAGGUCCACGCGUACAUGCUCCUGCGGUGGCAACAUCAGUGCGGGCGCCGCCACGGGUGGAUCCGGCCCUGGCACGAGAUCAGCGGCGGCCUUGACGACGACGACGGAGCAGCCCAGGAAGCAGCCGUCCAUGCCUGUGUCGCAGAGGGUGCAGACGAAAUUGAGGUCCAGCUUGUCAGUCAACAGUGACGGCAGCAGACACAGUAAAGGCAGUUCCACGGGGUCUCAGAAACCUCCUUUACCAGAGGACUGCUGCGUCCACUGCAUCUUGGCCUGCCUGUUCUGCGAGUUCCUGACACUUUGCAACAUGGUGGCCACGCAGGCCUCAUGCGGCGCGUGCACGUCGGAGGCCUGCUGCUGCUGCUGCUGCGCCGACGACCUGGGCGACGACUGCAACAGCCCCUGUGACAUGGGCUGUGGCAUCAUGGACGCCUGCUGCGAGUCUUCAGAUUGCCUGGAGUUCUGUAUGGAGUGCUGCGGCAUCUGCUUCCCCACAUAGAGAGGCCUGCGCUGGUGUCUCUGCGGGGAUAACUGGACCCAGAACGGCAAAAUGGAGGGAAACUGCUGCUGCUGUCACUUUGAAUUCAGCAACAGACAGAGGGGAUUUGUGUGUGUGUGUGUGAUGGUUGACAUAUAUGUUUGUGAAUGUCCUUUUUUUAAUGUGUGAUGACUGUUCAGUGUGUGUGCAGGAGAAGGUGUGGCUGAGUAAAGCAUGGUUUGAAAGAUGUAUUUUGACACUGGGCUUCUCCAUCAAAAACAGCUCAGCAGGAGCUCGAAGUAACUCCAGAUAUAUGAACAUGACGGUUACAUCGUCAGUGUGUAGUAAGUUGUUUCUUCUAACGGCACAAUGAGUAGGAUUUGUAGGUUGCACUUUGUCAUCACAACAAAAAAAGUGUUGCCUCAGCGAGGGUUCCGGUGGUCCCCAAGUGGGUGAAAAACCAACGGCAGAUAAACUUUUGUUUUGCCUUGCUAUACAUGCGUUUUUUUUCAGGGAUAAAUCCGCCAUUUCCUUACCUUCUUUCUUGGCUGCAUGCGUGCGAACUGACACCCGGUCACUACGUUUUUACGAGGGUUGACGCCCCAAACACAGCAAAAUAAGGCAGAGGGCAGGGUCUCUGCAGAUACAGACACUACCAACACACGUCUAGAUGGUCAUAAGUGAUGAUUGAGAGGGAUUACUUUUGUAUGAGUCUAUACAUUUUUUUUUUUUAAGGAAAUCCUGCUUGUUGUGCUUUUUAAAGCUACUAAAAGGAACUGGAACUGAUUUUGACGGUCCCUGUGGACUAAAGUCAUAGCGUUUUCUAGCUCUAUAGCUCUUAUUUUAUUGCAGUAAGAUCUGAUAGUCUGCGGUAGCGAAGCCAGAUCUUGAGUCUGUCAGCGGCGGGUCGGUCGCUGACAAAGGCCCCGCUGGAGUCUGAGCUGAAGGACCUUCCGGUGAUUCUGCAUGAUGUCAUCCGAUUUCAUGCGGAAACGGACCCAAUAACUCUAUAGAAAUAGACAAUCUUCUCACUGAUGGUCUCGUUUACUUAUGUAGGUCAUAUAGAGGUAUCAGUAUUAAAUUGAGACUGUUUCAUACAGUCACUUUAGGUGUUCUCUCCUUUGCGUGAGACGUAUUAUCACAGACUGUCUUAAAGAUCAGGAAUGCUGUCUAAUUGUAUCUUAUCUUUUUAGUCAUUUUGAUGAAAAACUAAACGAUUUAUUUACUCUGAUUUUAUUUUUCAAUACAUGUUUUUUUAUGCUCAAAAUCUGAGGUUACAGUCUUUGUACUGUACAACACUGUAAAAGGUUUAUGGGACACUUCAUACAUUCUUAGUUGCAUACUGUGGUUUUGCAACACAGACUCUCAUAUACAGUUAUCUACUGUAGCGCUGUAGAACAGUUGAAACUGGUGAAUUAUCAAAGGUGAAAUGCAUCACAAAUGCUACUUUCUAAAACCAAAAGGAACGAACGUGCCUUAUUUAGGUUGUUUUUUUACUUUUCUAUUUCAAGCAUUCCUUUUUAAUUGAAGUUGUUACAGGAAAAAAAAAUGCACACAAUUGCUGAAAUCAAUGAAAACAUCUUUUAUCAACACAUCUCACAUCUCUCCUGAUUUGGCAGUGUUUGAAGCUUUGGGAUUACUGGAAAUACAGCGAAGAUACUCAAAGAGAAAUAACAUCUCACAGCAGCGUAAAGAUAAACAAUGUGUUUCUGUCUCUCUCUACGAGUCCUACUCUAAUUUUAGCCAUCAACAAUUAGGCUUUUGUCAGCUGCGUAUGGUACUUCUUUUCUGUGAUGCUGUUUCACAUACAUACUGUGUAAAUAUGUUGAACUGCACUCCGUUCACGAGGGGGUUUGAUAUGGAAUUAAAAAACGGUGACCCUCAUGCCACAUAAGCGGCUUUCGGGUAUCAAGCCUAGUGACUCACAAUACAAAAAAAAAGGAAUCAUGAACUGUCAUGUUGAACUGGUAAACUAUGAGUUUGUGGUGAAUCACCAGUCGAGUCAUUUUCUUGUCUUGGAGAUCCGCUUUGAUGUUUAAGUGAUGAUACUUAACGCUGGGCCUUCAUUAGCACCGCUUGCUAACCGGUUACAAAAAGAUGUCCCUUCCUAACGCCAACAAAGAUAAUGUGCUGUCAUGUACGGAUCGUCUUAAUGGCGCACUGUUACCGUGUCUAAGGAGGGUGGAUAGGCACCUCUGCAGCACAUUCUGAGCAGAAAGUAAAACCUCAUGUUUAUGAUUAACUCACGCCAAGAGUGUCAAAAAACAUUAUAGAUAAUGUGAAGAAUUCAUCUAAAAAAGAGAAAUGUAUACAUUGCUAUGUGGCUACAGUAGUUGUCUGAUACUAUACUAUGUUGUAUGUUUCUCUUCUUAUUCUGUGCCGGACACUUGAUCUGUCUCAUUUUCAUCUCGAUUCGUUAACUUAGAGCUCACAGCUCAUUUUUCUCAGUUUUGUACAUUUAUCUUCAAUCUCAAAGAGAAAAGUUUCGAAAAAAUAAAACGUUUGUUUGUUUUGCACAUGCUCUUUUAGUCAAUUCAUUGUUUGUGUCUGUCGUCUUCCUCAUUCCGUUCCAGUUGUCAGGAUGGCAAACUCUUCUCAAUCCAAUCGAGCAGAUAAAAGACACUGUUGUCUUUGUUUUCACUUGAUGCUUGAGGCUCCGUCCACUGACUGACCAAACAGUGAUUUCUACGGUUCAACACUUGUGUCAGGCAUGCAGGGAGUUACGGUAACAUCUGGAAAUAUUCUAGUAAUUACAUCGAAUAGGGAUCCAGCAAUUAGGCAACUAUUUUCAUUGUUAAAUAAUCCUUUUAGCUAAGCGAACUAAGCGAAAAUGCCAACAGUUUCUGGUUCCAGCUUCUCUAGUCUUGCGCUUCUUUGGUAUAUAUAUGAGGAUGUAAUGAAUAUCUUUGGGUUUUGAAACAAGACAUUUAAAUACUGUCCUUGGGCUGCGGGAAAUUAUAAUGGGCAUUUCUCACCAUUUUCUGGCGGAUUAUAGACCGACCGGUUAGUCGAUUAGUCAAGAGAAAAUAGAUUGAAAAUGCAGUAUUGUUUUUGUUGAUGGUGAAUGUAAUUUAACAACACUUCCAUACUGGAGCUGUCGCCAUUUCCCGCAACUGUAUUAUUUGUUUCCUAAAAAACAGUUUUGCUGCUGUAGCUGUAUCUCCGUACCUGCUUGCCAUUGCUAAACCUCUACUAUUAUUGCAGCAACUGGUUGCAGACACUGCACCCUUGAAUUAUAUCAUAAUGCCAAACUUGCAUCUCUCUUAUGGGGAGACUUGCAUGCUCUGAACGCUGGGUUGUAUUUACUUAUUUCUCUUGUAAGUGAGGCCGCAGAAAGU